AUGUGUUCUUAUGGAAUGGAUGACAUCACAUCUGACACGUGUGGAUGUAUCAAUGCCAUUCCUCCAGAUGGACAGUACUGCCAGUCGGUUCACAACCAAAGUAAGAACCAACAUCCUCACAGAUUUGACUUUUGUUAACAUUUUCUGAUAUAUGUAACUAACCAAUAUCCUCUUUUCUUCACCUCAAAGACUUUUCCGCAUGUCCAACAACAACAGCCUCUCCUACAACAGGUAAUGUAAGACCAAAUAUAUCUGAUGAAUUGCAUUAAAAACAAUACCAUUACUAUUGUCUUGUCAUCUUGAUAGAUCUAAAUAUAUUUAAUCAUUGCAAAUGAAUGACUGACAUUGUUCAUUUUCAGUUUCAACAGUACCACCAACUCUCUACGAAUACAUGAUUGAAAUUGAGCUGAACACCACAGACGUUACAGUGAUAGAUCAACUGAGAGCCAUACUGAGAAAUGCUAGUUACCCUGUCAGAAUCAAUAAUCUGAUACAAAUCACUGGUAUCAACAUCUCUACAGGUAAGACUUCAAUGUACAAAUUAUUAUUUUUAAAUGCUUACAGACCGAUUAAGUGUAAUUUUGAUUGAGAUUUCUAAAUCUACUCGAAUGUCCUCAGUUUGCUACCCAAAUGGUACUGGAUUCCAGUGCAGAUGUGAGGACCAAUAUCGUUGGUCAUGUGACCAGUGUGUCUCUUAUGGGAAAUGUGAUGACAUCACAUCUGACACGUGUGGAUGUAUCAAUGCCAUUCCUCCAGAUGGACAGUACUGCCAGUCGGUUCACAACCAAAGUAAGAACCAACAUCCUCACAGAUUCGACUUUUGUUAACAUUUUCUAAUAUGUGUAACUAACCAAUAUCCUCUUUUCUUCACCUCAAAGACUUUACCGCAUGUCCAACAACAACAGCCUCUCCUACAACAGGUAAUGUAAUACCAAAUAUAUCUGAUGAAUUGCAUUAAAAACAAUACCAUUACUAUUGUCUUGUCAUCUUGAUAGAUCUAAAUAUAUUUAAUUUAUUGCAAAUGAAUGACUGACAUUGUUCAUUUACAGUUUCAACAGUACCACCAACUCUCUACGAAUACAUGAUUGAAAUUGAGCUGAGCACCACAGACGUUACAGUGAUAGAUCAACUGAGAGCCAUUCUGAGAAAUGCUAGUUACCCUGUCAGAAUCAAUAAUCUGAUACAAAUCACUGGUAUCAACAUCUCUACAGGUAAGACUUCAAUGUGCAAAUUAUUAUUUUUAAAUGCUUACAGACCGAUUAAGUGUAAUUUUGAUUGAGAUUUCUAAAUCUACUCGAAUGUCCUCAGUUUGCUACCCAAAUGGUACUGGAUUCCAGUGCAGAUGUGAGGACCAAUAUCGUUGGUCAUGUGACCAGUGUGUCUCUUAUGGGAAAUGUGAUGACAUCACAUCUGACACGUGUGGAUGUAUCAAUGCCAUUCCUCCAGAUGGACAGUACUGCCAGUCGGUUCACAACCAAAGUAAGAACCAACAUCCUCACAGAUUCGACUUUUGUUAACAUUUUCUGAUAUAUGUAACUAACCAAUAUCCUCUUUUCUUCACCUCAAAGACUUUACCGCAUGUCCAACAACAACAGCCUCUCCUACAACAGGUAAUGUAAUACCAAAUAUAUCUGAUGAAUUGCAUUAAAAACAAUAGCAUUACUAUUGUCUUGUCAUCUUGAUAGAUCUAAAUAUAUUUAAUCAUUGCAAAUGAAUAACUGACAUUGUUCAUUUUCAGUUUCAACAGUACCACCAACUCUCUACGAAUACAUGAUUGAAAUUGAGCUGAACACCACAGACGUUACAGUGAUAGAUCAACUGAGAGCCAUACUGAGAAAUGCUAGUUACCCUGUCAGAAUCAAUAAUCUGAUACAAAUCACUGGUAUCAACAUCUCUACAGGUAAGACUUCAAUGUACAAAUUAUUAUUUUUAAAUGCUUACAGACCGAUGAAGUGUAAUUUUGAUUGAGAUUUCUAAAUCUACUCGUAUAUCCUCAGUUUGCUACCCAAAUGGUACUGGAUUCCAGUGCAGAUGUGAGGACCAAUAUCGUUGGUCAUGUGACCAGUGUGUCUCUUAUGGGAAAUGUGAUGACAUCACAUCUGACACGUGUGGAUGUAUCAAUGCCAUUCCUCCAGAUGGACAGUACUGCCAGUCGGUUCACAACCAAAGUAAGAACCAACAUCCUCACAGAUUCGACUUUUGUUAACAUUUUCUAAUAUGUGUAACUAACCAAUAUCCUCUUUUCUUCACCUCAAAGACUUUACCGCAUGUCCAACAACAACAGCCUCUCCUACAACAGGUAAUGUAAUACCAAAUAUAUCUGAUGAAUUGCAUUAAAAACAAUACCAUUACUAUUGUCUUGUCAUCUUGAUAGAUCUAAAUAUAUUUAAUUUAUUGCAAAUGAAUGACUGACAUUGUUCAUUUUCAGUUUCAACAGUACCACCAACUCUCUACGAAUACAUGAUUGAAAUUGAGCUGAGCACCACAGACGUUACAGUGAUAGAUCAACUGAGAGCCAUUCUGAGAAAUGCUAGUUACCCUGUCAGAAUCAAUAAUCUGAUACAAAUCACUGGUAUCAACAUCUCUACAGGUAAGACUUCAAUGUGCAAAUUAUUAUUUUUAAAUGCUUACAGACCGAUUAAGUGUAAUUUUGAUUGAGAUUUCUAAAUCUACUCGAAUGUCCUCAGUUUGCUACCCAAAUGGUACUGGAUUCCAGUGCAGAUGUGAGGACCAAUAUCGUUGGUCAUGUGACCAGUGUGUCUCUUAUGGGAAAUGUGAUGACAUCACAUCUGACACGUGUGGAUGUAUCAAUGCCAUUCCUCCAGAUGGACAGUACUGCCAGUCGGUUCACAACCAAAGUAAGAACCAACAUCCUCACAGAUUUGACUUUUGUUAACAUUUUCUGAUAUAUGUAACUAACCAAUAUCCUCUUUUCUUCACCUCAAAGACUUUUCCGCAUGUCCAACAACAACAGCCUCUCCUACAACAGGUAAUGUAAGACCAAAUAUAUCUGAUGAAUUGCAUUAAAAACAAUACCAUUACUAUUGUCUUGUCAUCUUGAUAGAUCUAAAUAUAUUUAAUCAUUGCAAAUGAAUAACUGACAUUGUUCAUUUUCAGUUUCAACAGUACCACCAACUCUCUACGAAUACAUGAUUGAAAUUGAGCUGAACACCACAGACGUUACAGUGAUAGAUCAACUGAGAGCCAUUCUGAGAAAUACUAGUUACCCUGUCAGAAUCAAUAAUCUGAUACAAAUCACUGGUAUCAACAUCUCUACAGGUAAGACUUCAAUGUGCAAAUUAUUAUUUUUAAAUGCUUACAGAUCGAUUAAGUGUAAUUUUGAUUGAGAUUUCUAAAUCUACUCGAAUAUCCUCAGUUUGCUACCCAAAUGGUACUGGAUUCCAGUGCAGAUGUGAGGACCAAUAUCGUUGGUCAUGUGACCAGUGUGUCUCUUAUGGGAAAUGUGAUGACAUCACAUCUGACACGUGUGGAUGUAUCAAUGCCAUUCCUCCAGAUGGACAGUACUGCCAGUCGGUUCACAACCAAAGUAAGAACCAACAUCCUCACAGAUUCGACUUUUGUUAACAUUUUCUAAUAUGUGUAACUAACCAAUAUCCUCUUUUCUUCACCUCAAAGACUUUACCGCAUGUCCAACAACAACAGCCUCUCCUACAACAGGUAAUGUAAUACCAAAUAUAUCUGAUGAAUUGCAUUAAAAACAAUACCAUUACUAUUGUCUUGUCAUCUUGAUAGAUCUAAAUAUAUUUAAUUUAUUGCAAAUGAAUGACUGACAUUGUUCAUUUUCAGUUUCAACAGUACCACCAACUCUCUACGAAUACAUGAUUGAAAUUGAGCUGAGCACCACAGACGUUACAGUGAUAGAUCAACUGAGAGCCAUUCUGAGAAAUGCUAGUUACCCUGUCAGAAUCAAUAAUCUGAUACAAAUCACUGGUAUCAACAUCUCUACAGGUAAGACUUCAAUGUGCAAAUUAUUAUUUUUAAAUGCUUACAGACCGAUUAAGUGUAAUUUUGAUUGAGAUUUCUAAAUCUACUCGAAUGUCCUCAGUUUGCUACCCAAAUGGUACUGGAUUCCAGUGCAGAUGUGAGGACCAAUAUCGUUGGUCAUGUGACCAGUGUGUCUCUUAUGGGAAAUGUGAUGACAUCACAUCUGACACGUGUGGAUGUAUCAAUGCCAUUCCUCCAGAUGGACAGUACUGCCAGUCGGUUCACAACCAAAGUAAGAACCAACAUCCUCACAGAUUCGACUUUUGUUAACAUUUUCUAAUAUGUGUAACUAACCAAUAUCCUCUUUUCUUCACCUCAAAGACUUUACCGCAUGUCCAACAACAACAGCCUCUCCUACAACAGGUAAUGUAAUACCAAAUAUAUCUGAUGAAUUGCAUUAAAAACAAUACCAUUACUAUUGUCUUGUCAUCUUGAUAGAUCUAAAUAUAUUUAAUCAUUGCAAAUGAAUGACUGACAUUGUUCAUUUUCAGUUUCAACAGUACCACCAACUCUCUACGAAUACAUGAUUGAAAUUGAGCUGAGCACCACAGACGUUACAGUGAUAGAUCAACUGAGAGCCAUUCUGAGAAAUGCUAGUUACCCUGUCAGAAUCAAUAAUCUGAUACAAAUCACUGGUAUCAACAUCUCUACAGGUAAGACUUCAAUGUGCAAAUUAUUAUUUUUAAAUGCUUACAGACCGAUUAAGUGUAAUUUUGAUUGAGAUUUCUAAAUCUACUCGAAUGUCCUCAGUUUGCUACCCAAAUGGUACUGGAUUCCAGUGCAGAUGUGAGGACCAAUAUCGUUGGUCAUGUGACCAGUGUGUCUCUUAUGGGAAAUGUGAUGACAUCACAUCUGACACGUGUGGAUGUAUCAAUGCCAUUCCUCCAGAUGGACAGUACUGCCAGUCGGUUCACAACCAAAGUAAGAACCAACAUCCUCACAGAUUCGACUUUUGUUAACAUUUUCUAAUAUGUGUAACUAACCAAUAUCCUCUUUUCUUCACCUCAAAGACUUUACCGCAUGUCCAACAACAACAGCCUCUCCUACAACAGGUAAUGUAAUACCAAAUAUAUCUGAUGAAUUGCAUUAAAAACAAUACCAUUACUAUUGUCUUGUCAUCUUGAUAGAUCUAAAUAUAUUUAAUCAUUGCAAAUGAAUGACUGACAUUGUUCAUUUUCAGUUUCAACAGUACCACCAACUCUCUACGAAUACAUGAUUGAAAUUGAGCUGAACACCACAGACGUUACAGUGAUAGAUCAACUGAGAGCCAUUCUGAGAAAUGCUAGUUACCCUGUCAGAAUCAAUAAUCUGAUACAAAUCACUGGUAUCAACAUCUCUACAGGUAAGACUUCAAUGUGCAAAUUAUUAUUUUUAAAUGCUUACAGACCGAUUAAGUGUAAUUUUGAUUGAGAUUUCUAAAUCUACUCGAAUGUCCUCAGUUUGCUACCCAAAUGGUACUGGAUUCCAGUGCAGAUGUGAGGACCAAUAUCGUUGGUCAUGUGACCAGUGUGUCUCUUAUGGGAAAUGUGAUGACAUCACAUCUGACACGUGUGGAUGUAUCAAUGCCAUUCCUCCAGAUGGACAGUACUGCCAGUCGGUUCACAACCAAAGUAAGAACCAACAUCCUCACAGAUUCGACUUUUGUUAACAUUUUCUAAUAUGUGUAACUAACCAAUAUCCUCUUUUCUUCACCUCAAAGACUUUACCGCAUGUCCAACAACAACAGCCUCUCCUACAACAGGUAAUGUAAUACCAAAUAUAUCUGAUGAAUUGCAUUAAAAACAAUACCAUUACUAUUGUCUUGUCAUCUUGAUAGAUCUAAAUAUAUUUAAUCAUUGCAAAUGAAUGACUGACAUUGUUCAUUUUCAGUUUCAACAGUACCACCAACUCUCUACGAAUACAUGAUUGAAAUUGAGCUGAGCACCACAGACGUUACAGUGAUAGAUCAACUGAGAGCCAUUCUGAGAAAUGCUAGUUACCCUGUCAGAAUCAAUAAUCUGAUACAAAUCACUGGUAUCAACAUCUCUACAGGUAAGACUUCAAUGUGCAAAUUAUUAUUUUUAAAUGCUUACAGACCGAUUAAGUGUAAUUUUGAUUGAGAUUUCUAAAUCUACUCGAAUGUCCUCAGUUUGCUACCCAAAUGGUACUGGAUUCCAGUGCAGAUGUGAGGACCAAUAUCGUUGGUCAUGUGACCAGUGUGUCUCUUAUGGGAAAUGUGAUGACAUCACAUCUGACACGUGUGGAUGUAUCAAUGCCAUUCCUCCAGAUGGACAGUACUGCCAGUCGGUUCACAACCAAAGUAAGAACCAACAUCCUCACAGAUUCGACUUUUGUUAACAUUUUCUAAUAUGUGUAACUAACCAAUAUCCUCUUUUCUUCACCUCAAAGACUUUACCGCAUGUCCAACAACAACAGCCUCUCCUACAACAGGUAAUGUAAUACCAAAUAUAUCUGAUGAAUUGCAUUAAAAACAAUACCAUUACUAUUGUCUUGUCAUCUUGAUAGAUCUAAAUAUAUUUAAUCAUUGCAAAUGAAUGACUGACAUUGUUCAUUUUCAGUUUCAACAGUACCACCAACUCUCUACGAAUACAUGAUUGAAAUUGAGCUGAGCACCACAGACGUUACAGUGAUAGAUCAACUGAGAGCCAUUCUGAGAAAUGCUAGUUACCCUGUCAGAAUCAAUAAUCUGAUACAAAUCACUGGUAUCAACAUCUCUACAGGUAAGACUUCAAUGUGCAAAUUAUUAUUUUUAAAUGCUUACAGACCGAUUAAGUGUAAUUUUGAUUGAGAUUUCUAAAUCUUCUCGAAUGUCCUCAGUUUGCUACCCAAAUGGUACUGGAUUCCAGUGCAGAUGUGAGGACCAAUAUCGUUGGUCAUGUGACCAGUGUGUCUCUUAUGGGAAAUGUGAUGACAUCACAUCUGACACGUGUGGAUGUAUCAAUGCCAUUCCUCCAGAUGGACAGUACUGCCAGUCGGUUCACAACCAAAGUAAGAACCAACAUCCUCACAGAUUUGACUUUUGUUAACAUUUUCUGAUAUGUGUAACUAACCAAUAUCCUAUUUUCUUCACCUCAAAGACUUUACCGCAUGUCCAAUAACAACAGCCUCUCCUACAACAGGUAAUGUAAACAUUUACAUAAAUAUUCAGACCCUUUACUCAAUACUUUAUUGAAGCACCUUUGUCAUUGAUUGCAGCCUCGAGUCUUCUUGGGUAUGACGCUACAACCUUGGCACACCUGUGUUUGGGUAGUUUCUCCCAUUCUUCUCUGCAGAUCCUCUCAAGCUCUGUCAGGUUGGAUGGGGAGCGUCGCUGCACAGCUAUUUUCAGGUCUCUCCAGAGAUGUUCGAUCGGGUUCAAGUCCAGGCUCUUGCUGGGCCACUUAAGGACAUUCAGAGACUUGUCCCGAAGACACUCCUGCGUUGUCUUGGCUGUGUGCUUAGGGUCAUUGUCCUGUUGGAAGGUGAACCUUCGCCCCAGCCUGACGUCCUGAGCGCUCUGGAGCAGGUUUUCAUCAAGGAUCUCUCUGUACUUUGCUCCGUUCAUCUUUCCCUCCAUCCUGACUAGUCUCCCAGUCCCUACCUCUGAAAAACAUGCCACCACCAUGCUUCACUGUAGGGAUGGUGCCAGGUUCCUCCAGACGUGACACUUCGCAUUCAGGCCAAAGAGUUCAAUCUUUGUUUCAUCAGACCAGAUCAUCUUGUUUCUAAUGAUCUGAGAGUCCUUUAGGUGGCUUUCGGCAAACUCCAAGCAGCCUGUCAUGUGCCUUUUACUGCGGAGUGAAUUCUGUCUGGCAACUCUACCAUAAAGGCCUGAUUGGUGGAGUGCUGCAGAGAUGGUUGUCCUUCUGGAAGGUUCUCCCAUCUCCACAGAGGAACUCUGGAGCUCUAUCAGAAUGACCAUCAGGUUCUUGGCCACCUCCCUGACCAAGGCCCUUAGCCCCCGAUUGCUCAGUUUGGCCGGGCCGCCAGCUCUAGGAAGAGUCUUGGUGGUUUCAAACUUGAUGAUGGAGGCCACUGCGUUCUUGGGGACCUUCAAUGCUGCAGACAUGUUUUGGUACCCUUCCCCAGAUCUGUGGCUCAACACAAUCCUGUCUCUACGGACAAUUCCUUCGACCUCAUGGCUUGAUUUUUUCUCUGAGAGCCACUGUCAACUGUAGGACCUUAUGUAGACAGGUGUGUGCCUUUCCAAAUCAUGUCCAAUCAAUUGAAUUUACCACAGGUGGACUCCAAUCAAGUUGUAGAAACAUCUCAAGGAUUAUCAAUGGAAACAGGAUUCACCUGAGCUCAAUUUCGAGUCUCAUAGCAAAUGGUCUGAAUACUUAUGUAAAUAAGGUAUUUCUGUUUUUUAGAAUAAGGUUGUAACAUAACAAAAUGUGGAAAAACUCAAGGUGUCUGAAUACUGUUCAGUAGCCUUUUGGUCUCACACAUGGUGCUCAUGUACCUCUUGCCAUGUGGUAGCGGAGAGAACUGUCUAUUACUUGGGUGGCUGGAGUCUUUGAAAACAUUUUGGGUCUUCCCCUGACACCGCCUGGUAUAGAGGUCCUGGAUGGCAGGGAGUUCGGCCCCAGUGAUGUAAUGGGCCAUUCGCACCACCCUCUGUAGCACCUUGUGGUUGGAUGCCGAGGAGUUGCAAUACCAAGCGGUGAUCCAGCCAGUCAAGAUGCUCUCAAUGGUGCAGCUGUAGAACUUUGAGAAUUUUGAGGAUCUGAGGGCCCAUGCCAAAUAUUUUCAGCCUUCUGAGGGGGAGGCGUUGUCGUGCCCACUUCAUGACUUGGUGUGUUUGGACCAUGAUAGGUCCUUAGUGAUGUGGACACCGAGGAACUUGAAGCUCUCGACCCGCUCCACAACAGCCUAGUCGAUGUGAAUGGGGGCGUGUUCGGCCCUCUGUUCCCUAUAGUCCACAAUAAGGUAAUUUGUCUUGCCCACGUUGAGGGAGAGGUUGUUGUCCUGGCACCACACUGCCAGGUCUCUGACCUCCUCCCUAUAGGCUGUCUCAUUGUCGUCGGUGAUCAGGCCUACCAUCGUGUCAUCUGCAAACUUAACGAUGGAGUUGGAGUCGUAUGUGGCCAGGCAGUCAAGGGGUAAACAGGGAGUACAGGAAGGGACUAAGCACCAACCCCUGAGGGGCCCCAGUGUUGAGGGUCAGCGUUGCGAUGUUUUGGUGCCUACCCUCACCACCUGGGAACGGCCAUUCAGGAAGUCCAGGAUCCAGUUGCAGAGGGAGGUGUUCAGUCCCAGGGUCCUUAGCUUAGUGAUGAGCUUGGAGGGUGCUAUGGUGUUGAACGCUGGGCUGUAGUCAAUGAACAGCAUUCUCAAGUAGCUGUUCCUUUUGUCCAGGUGGGAAAGGGCAGUGUGGAGUGCAAUAGAGAUUGUGUCAUCUGUGGAUCUGUUGGGGCACAAUGCGAAUUGUAGUGGGUCCAGGGUUUCUGGGAUGAUGUUGAUGUGAGCCAUGACCAGCCUUUCAAAGCAUUUCAUGGUAUACAGUUGAAGUCAGAAGUUUCAAUUGGAGGUGUACCUGUGGAUGUAUUUCAAGGCCUACCUUCAAACUCAGUGCCUCUUUGCUUGACAUCAUGGGAAAAUCAAAAGAAAUCAGCCAAGGCCUCAGAAAAGAAAUUGUAGACCUCCACAAGUCUGGUUCAUCCUUGGGAGCAAUUUCCAAAUGCCUGAAGGUACCACUUUCAUCUGUACAAAUAAUAGUACGCAAGUAUAAACACCAACGGUUCGGCCAUAAUGACCAUUGUUAUGUUUGGAAAAAAAAGGGGGGUAGUUUGCAAGCCGAAGAACACCAUCCCAAUCAUUAAGCACGGGGGUGGCAGCAUCAUGCUGUGGGGGUGCUUUGCUGCAGAAGGGACUGGUGCACUUCACAAAAUAGAUGGCAUCAUGAGGAAGGAAAUUUAUGUGGAUAUAUUGAAGCAACAUCUCAAGACAUCAGUCAGGAAGUUAAAGCUUGGUCGCAAAUGGCUCUUCCAAAUGGACAAUGACCCCAAGCAUACUUCCAAAGUUGUGGCAAAAUGGCUUAAGGAUAACAAAGUCAAGGUAUUGGAGUGGCCAUCACAAAGCCCUGACCUCAAUCCUAUAGAACAUUUGUGGGCAGAACUGAAAAAGUGUGUGCGAGCAAGGAGGCCUACAAACCUGACUCAGUUACACCAGCUUUGUCAGUAGGAAUGGGCCAAAAUUCACCCAACUUAUUGUGGGAAGCUUGUGGAAGCCUAGCUGAAACAUUUGACCGAAGUUAAACAAUUUAAAGGCAAUGCUACCAAAUACUAAUUGAGUGUAUAUAAACUUCUGACCCACUGGGAAUGUGAUGAAAGAAAUAAAAGCAGAAAAUAAAUCAUUCUCUCUACUAUUAUUCUGACAUUUCACAUUCUUAAAAUAAAGUGGUGAUCCUAACUGACCUAAGACAGGGAUUUUCUACUAGGAUUAAAUGUCAGGAAUUGUGAAAAACUGAGUUUAAAUGUAUUUGGCUAAGGUGUAUGUAAACUUCCGACUUCAACAUUAUAUGUGAGUGCUACGGGACAGUAGGCAUUUUAGGCAGAUUACCCUGGCGUUUUUGAACACUGGGACUAUGGUGGUCUGCUUGAAUCAUGUACAUUUUACAGACUGGGUCAGGGAGAGGUUGAAAAUGUCAGUGAAGACACUUGCCAGCUGGUCAGCGCAUGCUCUGAGUACGCAUCCUGGUAAUCCGUUUGGCCCUGCAGCCUUGUGAAUGGUAACCUGUUUAAAGGUCUUACUCACUUCGGCUACAGAGAGCAUGAUCAUACAGUCGUCUGGAACAGCUGGUGCUCUCACACAUGGUUCAGUGUUGCUUGCCUCGAAGUGAGCAUAGAAGGCAUUUAGCUCGUCUGGUAGGCUCAUGUCACUGGGCAGCUCUCGGCCCGGGUUUCCCUUUCUAAUUUGUGAUAGUUUGCAAUCCCUGACACAUUCGACAAGGAUCAGAGCCGGUGUAGUAGGAUUCGGUCUUAGUCCUGUAUUAACACAUUGCCUGUUUGAUGGUUCAUCAGAGAGUGUAUUAGGAUUUCUGAUAAGCGUCCGGAUUAGUGUCCCACUCUUUGAAAGCAGCAGUUCUAGCCUUUAGCUCACAGGGGAAGGAGUGCAUUUAAAGUUUGAUUUGAUUUAGUCCUUUUCUUUAACUUAGAUUUUUGGUUGAGAUGGAGACACGAAUCUAACAUAUCAAUUAUUCAUUUGUAGACAAACUGGAAUUCAAGCCAGACUAAGUCAGUGGCACAGAUAGAACUAUCAAAGCAGAAGACAAAUGUCCUUCAAAUGUUGAUAUUUGGUGGUCGACAAGUUAACAAAUGAUAUGUUGGAUUAACGUCUCCAACUCAACCAAAAUAAGAGUUAAAGAAUUGGAAUAAGCAAGUGGCUCAGAAGCAGUACAUACAGUGUACAUCACCUUUAAAUGUUGAUAUUUUGUUGCGAUGUCAACCAAACACAAUUCAAUAUUACUUUUCUAAUACAGUAUAGUUUAAAGUUAAGACAAUCUUACAAACUAAUGUAAAAUCAAACCUUAAAAUGACUAACACAUCCAUGGCCACAUUUUGAGAUUACUCUAACUAUACAUUUCUUCUCAUGUAAUCAUAUAAAGCAUGCAUGUUCAAGAUAGCAGGCAUAAGUAGCCACAUGUCUGUGUUGCAUUAACAUGUCACUAUCUAUCUGUCACAACAGAACUGACACCAGUGACCAGUAGGCUAAGUGCUUUUAAAGGCUAGCAAAAAAUACUUUCUGAACUUACUAUUAGUUGAUAUUUAUCUGUUUCUACUACAAACUAUCACUAUGAUGCUUCUCUCUUGGUAGACUCUACUACAUUUACAUUUACGUCAUUUAGCAGACGCUCUUAACCAGAGCGACUUACAAAUUGGUGCAUUCACCCUAUAGCCAGUGGGAUAACCACUUUAUAAUUUUUUAAAAAAAAAUUUGGGAGGGGGGGUAGAAGGAUUACUUUAUCCUAUCCCAGGUAUUCCUUAAAGAGGUGGGGUUUCAAAUGUCUCCGGAAGGUGGUGAGUGACUCCGCUGUCCUGGCGUUGUGAGGGAGCUUGUUCCACCAUUGGGGUGCCAGAGCAGCGAACAGUUUUGACUGGGCUGAGCGGGAACUAUACUUGCGCAGAGGAAGGGCAGCCAGCAGGCCAGAGGUGGAUGAACGCAAUGCCCUCGUUUGGGUGUAGGGACUGAUCAGAGCCUGAAGGUACGGAGGUGCCGUUCCCCUCACUGCUCCAUAGGCAAGCACCAUGGUCUUGUAACGGAUGCGAGCUUCAACUGGAAGCCAGUGGAGUGUGCGGAGGAGGGGGGUGACGUGAGAGAACUUGGGAAGGUUGAACACCAGACGGGCUGCGGCAUUCUGGAUGAGUUGUAGGGGUUUAAUGGCACAGGCAGGGAGCCCAGCCAACAGCGAGUUGCAGUAAUCCAGACGGGAGAUGACAAGUGCCUGGAUUAGGACCUGUGCCGCUUCCUGUGUAAGGCAGGGUCGUACUCUCCGAAUGUUGUAGAGCAUGAACCUGCAGGAUCGGGUCACCGCCUUGAUGUUAGCGGAGAACGACAGGGUGUUGUCCAGGGUCACACCAAGGCUCUUCUCACUCUGGGAGGAGGACACAACAGAGUUGUCAACCGUGAUGGCGAGAUCAUGGAACGGGCAGUCCUUCCCCGGGAGGAAGAGCAGCUCCGUCUUGCCAGGGUUCAGCUUGAGGUGGUGAUCCGUCAUCCAUACUGAUAUGUCUGCCAGACAUGCAGAGAUGCGAUUCGCCACCUGGUUAUCAGAAGGGGGAAAGGAGAAGAUUAGUUGUGUAUCGUCAGCGUAGCAAUGAUAGGAGAGGCCAUGUGAGGAUAUGACAGAGCCAAGUGACUUGGUGUAUAGGGAGAAAAGGAGAGGGCCUAGAACUGAGCCCUGGGGGACACCAGUGGUGAGAGCACGUGGUGCGGAGACAGUACACAUGCAGCCACAACAAAACAGAUCACUACAGCUGACCCCACAACACAACUUACCACAGUUACCAGUAAAUACAAUCAAGUACUGCUUAAUUUUUAUUUAUUCUGAAUUUCAGUUCUUUAUAAAUUUGUCACAAUGUCUCUCUCUCGCUCUCUCGCUCUCUCUCUCUCUUUCUCUCACUCUCUGCUUCAGACUAUACAACACCUGAGGCCAGCACUACAGAACAGAGUACUACAGCUGACCCCACAACACAACUGACCACAGUUACCAGUAAAUAGUCAUUUACAGCUGAAAAUGUUUUGUUCUGAUCUUCAGUUCAUCACACAUUUGUCACAAUCUCUCUCUCUUUGUCUUGCUCUCUCUCUCACUCUGCUUAAGACUCUACAACACCUGAGGCCAGCACUACAGAACAAAUAAUUACAGCUGAUCCCACAACACAAUUGACCACAGUUACAAGUAAAAACAAUCAAAUACUAGUGAAAAUAAUUUGUUCUGAACUUCAGUUCUUCACACAUUUGUCACAAUCUCUCUCUAUCUCUCUCUCUCCCUCGCUCUCUCACUGUCUGUCUGUCUGUCUGUCUGUCUGUCUGUCUGUCUGUCUGUCUGUCUGUCUGUCUGUCUGUCUGUCUGUCUGUCUGUCUGUCUGUCUGUCUGUAUGUAUGUCUGUCUGUAUGUCUGUCUGUCUGUCUCUGUCUGUCGCUCUCUGCUUUAGAUUCUACAACACCUGAGGCCAGCACUACAGAACAAAUAACUACAGUUGAUCCCACAACACAACUGACCGCAGUUACCAGUAAGUAUCAUCAGGUUUUGGAGAAUAAAACUUGUUUGAAGCAGAGUUCACCACCAAAAGAUCUGACACUCAAUCAUUAUGUUUCGUCCCUGCUGUAGACUCUACAACAACUGCACCCACAACAGGACAAAGUCCUACAGCUGACCCCACAAGACAACUGAUCACAGUUACCAGUAAAUAAAAUCAAGUACUGCUGAAAAUAAUUUGUUCUGAAUUUAAGUUCUUCAUAAAUUUGUCACAAAUUCUCUCUCGCUAUCUUUCUCUCUCUUUCUGCUUCAGACUCUACAACACCUGAGGCCAGCACUACAGAACAGAGUACUACAGCUGACCCCACAACACAACUGACCACAGUUACCAGUGAGUGUACGCUAAUAUAUUUUAGUUCAGAACAAAGUUGCAUUAAAGUGUCUCUAUCUGUCACAACAGAACUGACACCAGUGACCAUUAAGCUAAGUGCUUUUAAAGGCUAACAAAAAAUACUUUCUGACCUUAGUAUGAGUUUAUAUUAAUCUGUUACUUCUUCAAUCUAUCACUCUGAUGCUUCUCUCUUGGUAGACUCUACUACACAUGCAGCCACAACAAAACAGAUCACUACAGCUGACCCCACAACACAACUAACCACAGUUCUCAGUAAAUACAAUCAAGUACUGCUGAAAAUAAUUUGUUCUGAACUUCAGUUCAUCACACCUUUUUCACAAUUUCUGUCUCUCUCUCCUUUAGACUCUACAACACCUGAGGCCAGCACUACAGCACAAAGUACUACAGUUGAUCCCACAACACAACUGACCACAGUUACCAGUAAAUACAAUCAAGUACUGCUGAAAAUAAUUUAUUCUGAAUUUAAGUUCUUCAUAAAUUUGUCACAAAUUCUCUCUCGCUCUCUCUCGCUAUCUUUCUCUCUCUUUCUGCUUCAGACUCUACAACACCUGAGGCCAGCACUACAGAACAGAGUACUACAGCUGACCCCACAACACAACUGACCACAGUUACCAGUGAGUGUACGCUAAUAUAUUUUAGUUCAGAACAAAGUUGCAUUAAAGUGUCUCUAUCUGUCACAACAGAACUGACACCAGUGACCAUUAAGCUAAGUGCUUUUAAAGGCUAACACAAAAUACUUUCUGAACUUAGUAUGAGUUUAUAUUAAUCUGUUACUUCUUCAAUCUAUCACUCUGAUGCUUCUCUCUUGGUAGACUAUACUACACAUGCAGCCACAACAAAACAGAUCACUACAGCUGACCCCACAACACAACUAACCACAGUUCUCAGUAAAUACAAUCAAGUACUGCUAAAAAUUAUUUGUUCUGAACUUACAUUUACAUUUUAGUCAUUUAGCAGACGCUCUUAUCCAGAGCGACUUACAGGAGCAAUUAGGGUUAAGUGCCUUGCUCAAGGGCACAUUUACGUCAUUUAGCAGACGCUCUAAUCCAGAGCGACUCACAAAUUGGUGCAUUCACCCUAUAUCCAGUGGGAAAACCACUUUGCAAUUUUUUUGGGGGGGGUGGGGGGGGGGGGGGGGGGGUAGAAGGAUUACUUUAUCCUGUCCCAGGUAAUCCUUAAAGAGGUGGGGUUUCAAAUGUCUCCGGAAGGUGGUGAGUGACUCCGCUGUCCUGGCGUCGUGAGGGAGCUUGUUCCACCAUUGGGGUGCCAGAGCAGCGAACAGUUUUGACUGGGCUGAGCGGGUACUAUGCUUCCGCAGAGGAAGGGGAGCCAGCAGGCCAGAGGUGGAUGAACGCAAUGCCCUCGCUUGGGUGUAGGGACUGAUCAGAGCCCGAAGGUACAGAGGUGCCGUUCCCCUCACUGCUCCAUAGGCAAGCACCAUGGUCUUGUAACGGAUGCGAGCUUCAACUGGAAGCCAGUGGAGUGUGCGGAGGAGGGGGGUGACGUGAGAGAACUUGGGAAGGUUGAACACCAGACGGGCUGCGGCAUUCUGGAUGAGUUGUAGGGGUUUAAUGGCACAGGCAGGGAGGCCAGCCAACAGCGAGUUGCAGUAGUCCAGACGGGAGAUGACAAGUGCCUGGAUUAGGACCUGUGCCGCUUCCUGUGUAAGGCAGGGUCGUACUCUCCGAAUGUUGUAGAGCAUGAACCUGCAGGAGCGGGUCACCGCCUUGAUGUUAGCGGAGAACGACAGGGUGUUGUCCAGGGUCACGCCAGUUCAUCACACCUUUUUCACAAUUUCUGUCUCUCUCUCCUUUAGACUCUACAACACCUGAGGCCAGCACUACAGCACAAAGUCCUACAGCUGACACCACAACACAACUGACCACAGUUACCAGUACAUACAAUCAAGUACUCCUGAAAAUAAUUUAUUCUGAAUUUAAGUUCUUCAUAAAUUUGUCACAAAUUCUCUCUCGCUCUCUCUCGCUAUCUUUCUCUCUCUUUCUGCUUCAGACUCUACAACACCUGAGGCCAGCACUACAGAACAGAGUACUACAGCUGACCCCACAACACAACUGACCACAGUUACCAGUGAGUGUACGCUAAUAUAUUUUAUUUCAGAACAAAGUUGCAUUAAAGUGUCUCUAUCUGUCACAACAGAACUGACACCAGUGACCAUUAAGCUAAGUGCUUUUAAAGGCUAACAAAAAAUACUUUCUGAACUUAGUAUGAGUUUAUAUUAAUCUGUUACUUCUUCAAUCUAUCACUCUGAUGCUUCUCUCUUGGUAGACUCUACUACACAUGCAGCCACAACAAAACAGAUCACUACAGCUGACCCCACAACACAACUAACCACAGUUCUCAGUAAAUACAAUCAAGUACUGCUGAAAAUAAUUUGUUCUGAACUUCAGUUCAUCACACCUUUUUCACAAUUUCUGUCUCUCUCUCCUUUAGACUCUACAACACCUAAGGCCAGCACUACAGCACAAAGUACUACAGUUGAUCCCACAACACAACUGACCACAGUUACCAGUAAAUACAAUCAAGUACUGCUGAAAAUUAUUUGUUCUGAACUUCAGUUCAUCACACCUUUUUCACAAUUUCUGUCUCUCUCUCUGCUUUAGACUCUACAACACCUGAGACCAGCACUACAGAAAAGAUAACUACAGUUGAUCCCACAACAAAACUGACCGCAGUUACCAGUAAAUACAAUCAAGUACUGCUGAAAAUUAUUUGUUCUGAACUUCAGUUCAUCCCACCUUUUUCACAAUUUCUGUCUCUCUCUCUGCUUUAGACUCUACAACACCUGAGGCCAGCACUACAGCACAAAGUACUACAGUUGAUCCCACAACACAACUGACCGCAGUUACCAGUAAGUAUCAUCAAGUUCUGGAGAACAGAACUUGUCUGAAGCAGAGUUCACCACCAAAAGAUCUGACACUCAAUCAUUAUGUUUCUUCCCUUAUGUAGACUCUACAACAACUGCACCCAAAACAGGACAAAGUCCUACAGCUGACACCACAACACAACUGACCACAGUUACCAGUAAAUACAAUCAAGUACUGCUGAAAAUAAUUUAUUCUGAAUUUCAGUUCUUCAUAAAUUUGUCACAAUCUCUCUCUUGCUCUCUCUCGCUAUCUUUCUUUCUCUUUCUGCUUCAGACUCUACAAUACCUGAGGCCAGCACUACAGAACAGAGUACUACAGCUGACCCCACACCACAACUGACCACAGUUACCAGUAAGUGUACGCUAAUAUAUUUUAGUUCAGAACAAAGUUGCAUUAAAGUGUCUCUAUCUGUCACAACAGAACUGACACCAGUGACCAUUAAGCUAAGUGCUUUUAAAGGCUAGCAAAAAAUACUUUCUGAACUUAGUAUGAGUUUAUAUUAAUCUGUUACUUCUUCAAUCUAUCACUCUGAUGCUUCUCUCUUGGUAGACUCUACUACACAUGCAGCCACAACAAAACAGAUCACUACAGCUGACCCCACAACACAACUAACCACAGUUCUCAGUGAAUACAAUCAUGUACUGCUAAAAAUAAUUUGUUCUGAACUUCAGUUCAUCACACCUUUUUCACAAUUUCUGUCUCUCUCUCCUUUAGACUCUACAACACCUGAGGCCAGCACUACAGCACAAAGUACUACAGUUGAUCCCACAACACAACUGACCGCAGUUACCAGUAAGUAUCAUCAAGUUCUAGAGAACAGAACUUGUCUGAAGCAGAGUUCACCACCAAAAGAUCUGACACUCAAUCAUUAUGUUUCUUCCCUGCUGUAGACUCUACAACAACUGCACCCACAAUAGGACAAAGUACUACAGCUGACCCCACAACACAACUGACCACAGUUACCAGUAAAUACAAUCAAGUACUGCUGAAAAUAAUUUGUUCUGAAUUUCAGUUCUUCAUAAAUUUGUCACAAUCUCUCUCUCGUUCUCUUUCUCUCUCUUUCUCUCUCUUUUUGCUUUAGACUCUACAACACCUGAGGCCAGCACUGCAGCGCAAAGUACUACAGCUGACCUCACAACACAACUGACCACAGUUACAAGUAUGUAGGCUAAUAUAUUUUAGUUCAGAACAAAAAUGCAUUUUGGUUGUCACUAUCUGUCACAAUAUAACUGACUACAGUGACGAGGCUAAGAGCUUUUGAAGGCUAGCAAAUAUUACUUUCUAUUCUUUUUAUGAGUUUUUGUUCAUCUGCUUCUUCAGUUUAUCACUAUGUUAUUUCUCUCUUGGUGGACACCACAUCUACAGUAACUACUAAAUCAACACCAGCAUUAACUACAAAAACAACACCACCACCACCAACAACAACAACAAUACGACCACCACCACCACCACCACCAACAACAACAACAACAACAGCAACAACAACAAUAACAACUACUGCAAACCAAGCUGGUAUGUGUAAGAAUAUAAUAUGUUUCUGAGCACUGCUAAAUUAAUCCUGAUUAUGCCAUGGUUAUGAAAGAUCAUGAAUUAAUAAUGAAAAAUGAUGAAUGAGAAGGUUGCAGAGGCUACAACAAAACAUGCUAACCUCUCACCAUUAGCAAACGCAUUUUGGGGGGGUAUGAUCUUUGUGCCUCUGUUAAUUUUUCAGUCAUCAUUAUUCACGAUUCAUUCAUGAUUAUCCAUAAUCAUGGUAUCACCCACAUUAAUGUAGAAGUGUUCAGAGACAUACAAUAAAAGUGUCUCCAAAAUGGCACAAUACAAUAUUCACCAUUCAGUUCCUAUUGGGCAAAAUAUAAUCUGAAACACAACCAAAACAUUCUGCAAAUGCAUGCAACGAGUUUGUAGAGUCACAAGCUUGAUUUAGUCAUUGAGUGCAAGGAAUAUGGGAACAAAUACUACACUUUUGAUUACUUUACUACACUAUAAGUACAUUUUUCCAAAUACUUAUGACUUUCUCAAAUGGGGGGACUAGAUACAUAAAGUGCUUUAAUUUCUAAACGGUAAAACAGAUAUGUAUGUAAAUACCCUCAAAUAAAAGGAGACAUUAUGUACUGUCGCCUCAUAUGAAACAUUUGAUCUCACUUCCAAAAGGCUUGAGUAUAAAACCAAAUGUAACAUUUUAGCUUCACUGUCCAAAUACAUAUGGAGGGGAGUGUAUAAUAGGAUAUACAGUAUAGGUAGCAACAAUUCCAUUCCAUUUAAGCAUGUUUGUCAUUCUUCUUAUUUUGUUUCAGAUAUUCUGUUGUUGGCAAUGUCCUUCAAAAUGAUUGAAGAUUUCACUAGCGACCUAAAUGAUGAAAAUAGUGACAAAUACAAAAAGUACAAAGGCGAUAUUGAACCAGUUGUAAGUACAUGACUCAAGCUACUGUUGGCACAAGUAAAUAAUCAGAUGCAUUAAAUAACUAUCCAUCCAAUUAUCUAACCAGGGUACAUUUUCAGUGUGAUAAUUAUGAAUGUAUAUAUACAAAAGUAUGUGGACACCCCUUCAAAUUAGUGGAUUCGGCUAUUUCAGCCACACCUGUUGCUGACAGGUGUAUAAAAUCGAGCACACAGCCAUGCAAUCUCCAUAGACAAACAUUGGCAGUAGAAUGGCUUUACUGAAGAGCUCAGUGGCUUUCAACGUGGCUGUUAUUGUGAAGUGGAAACGUCUAGAAGCAACAACGGCUCAGCCGCACACAAGCUCACAGAAUGGGACCGCCAAGUGCUGAAGCGCGUAGCGCCUAAAAAUCGUCUGUCCUUGGUUGCAACACUCACCACCGAGUUCCAAACUGCCUCUGGAAGCAACGUCAGCACAAGAACUGCUCGUCGGGAGCUUCAUGAAAUGGGUUUCCAUUGCCGAGCAGCCGCACACAAGCCUAAGAUCACCAUGCGCAAUGCUAAGCGUCGGCUGGAGUGGUGUAAAGCUCGCCGCCAUUGGACUCUGGAGCAGUGGAAACGCGUUCUCUGGAGUGAUGAAUCACGCUUCACCAUCUGGCAGUCCGAUGAACUAAUCUGGGUUUGGUGGAUGCCAGGAGAACGCUACCUGCCCGAAUGCAUAGUUCCAACUGUAAAGUUUGGUGGAGGAGGAAUAUUGGUCUGGGGCUGUUUUUCAUGGUUCAGGCUCAUUAGUUCCAGUGAAGGGAAAUCUUAACGCUACAGCACACAAUGACAUUCUAGACGAUUCGAUGCGUCCAACAUUGUGGCAACAGUUUGGGGAAGGCCCUUUUCUGUUUCAGCAUGACAAUGCCCCCGUGCACAAAGCGAGGCCCGUACAGAAAUGGUUUGUCAAGAUCGUUGUGGAAGAACUUGACUGGCCUGCACAGAGCCCUGACCUCAACCCCAUCAAACACCUUUGGGAUGAAUUGGAACGCCGACUGCGAGCCAGGCCUAAUUGCCCAAUAUCAGUGCCUGACCUCACUAAUGCUCUUGUGGCUGAAUGGAAUCAAGUCCCCACAGCAAUGUUCUAACAUCUAGUGGAAAGCCUUCCCAGAAGAGUGGAGGCUGUUAUAGCAGCAAAGGCCGGACCAACUCCAUAUUAAUGCCCAUGAUUUUGAAAUGAGAUGUUUGACGAGCAGGUGUCCACAUACUUUUGGUCAUGUAGUGUAUUAGGAAUACUGUAUUGCCCUUUUUUUUUAACAUUAUCAAUAUCAUUAUCUCACACAGAUCCAGGAGCAGUAUAGGAAGAACAUGCCAGGGUUUAUUUCAGCAGCAUUGACACGUUUCAGGUAGGUUUUCUGUAUCCACUGUUGUUAUGGAAGUAAGCUGUUUCCAUUCAACAUGUAUUUAUUUCUGUAUUCUCUCUUUGGUUCCUAUUAACAGCCCUGGAAGUGUUAUAGUCAACUGUGAUGUUAGGACCACAGUUGCAGACCCCACUGCAAUUACCAAUGCUAAUGCUGGAGUUGCAAAAUCACUUCCAGCUGUUUAUCAAGUUGAUGUUAGCUCUUUCAAUAUUAUUUAUAACAGUAAGUCCGUAAAAACCUUCUCAUAUCACAUUAUUGCAAAUUCUAAUGACCAAAAGAAAGAUGCUUUAAAUAUCGGUCUAAAAAACUGUUUACCACGAAUGUCUCAAUCUAUUCCUAGGUAACCCAGCAUUAAGUUAUACACCAACUCCCAUUUACUCUGGUGGCACCAUGACCCUGGAGUGUGGACCUCGUCCUGAUACUGUAAAUAUGGGCACUAUUAAAAACGUUGAGUGGAAACGAAAGGGAAGAGUUUUAACAUCGACUGGAAGGUUCACCAUCUAUACAGAUUCCUUGAUAUCACAAAAGACAAAACUUGAUAUCAGAAAUGUAAUUGCUGAUGAUGAUGGUAAGUCGAAGAGUUCAUAUUUUAUGCUUAUUUAAAAAAAAAUACAAUUAAAAUACCCUGGCAGGAAAGCAGGAGUCUAUAAUCCAAAUAUUAUCAAUUGUGUAAUGACAGUUUUAUUAUAUUUUUUAAUCGCUGUUAGAUUUUGGUUUCUAUAAGAUUGAAAUCUCAAAACCCAGAUCGUACCCACCCAAAGUUACAGAGGACAAAGGAUGAUAAUGUUUUCUGUCCAGGUAUUGUUUCUUGACUCAGCAAUGUCAAUAUUGUUUCAUCCCAGGGAAAUAUGAAUGCACUCUGAAGAGUGACUUAAUCUAUUUCUACCAAAUGGGUCAAAUUGACAUCAAAGAUGCUCCCGUUAUUCAAACGAUGACAGAAAUCAAUAUCCAAUGUAAGGUGGGGAAAAUUGAGUCAUUGGAGUGUUGUGUGCAGACUCCCUAUAAACUCCUGUGGAAAGAAGGGAAUACAGAAUUGGUCACAUGUAAGUGUUAGUUGAUAAUCAGACUUCCUUUUCAAUAUGACAAGAGACCAAAUAAAUUAAUGCAUAAACCAUGUUGUCUACAUUUUAUACAUGCAUUAUUUAUAGAUGAGAGUCCUGGAAAUUGCAUUAAGUAUGACUAUACAAUUCAAAACUGUGAUGGACAAGUCAAAGAAGUCACAUUAACAUGCCAAGUCAAAGACCCAACAGCAUAUGAAAAGACUGCAAAAUUGACUAUUUUCACAGAAGGUAAGUACAGUAUUUGCAGUUUUUGAAUACUCCCACUGGUUGUUGUUGAGAUUUUAGUUUCAAAUUUUUUAACAAAAUAUGUUUUCUAGAUAUUGCUUGCCAGGACGAUGAAUAUGGUAGUGGCCGAGUUAAAGACACAUCAGUGGCAGCAUGUGCUGAAGGUGAGGAUGGAAGUAAGACAGCAAUUUGUGAAAGCAAUGGAAAAUGGAGACUUCAGAGUGACACUUGUGUCUUGACUGCAAUCAAUGAGCUACUGACCUCAUCUAAGGUAAUACUUUUUAAUAACACCUACCAUGAUUAGUAAACCCUAGCAACCAUUGUCUUAACUGUAUUUAUACUUUGGAGCAUGAUUUUCUGUUGUAUUUAUCAAUUUGAAGGAAAACUAACUCCUAUGACUUGAGAAUUUUUUGUAAGCAAUAAUUAUAUUUAUUUAUUUUCAAACUUGAUCCACAGUAUCAUGUUUCUCUUAGGUGUCCUAAAUUGAAGUGUAUGACAUACAGUAUAUUGUCUAAGUAUAAUCAUAUCUUCCUCUGCAGGAAUUGGAAGAAGCAAUGGUUGAAGGAUUUUUAACAAAACUUAGUGAUACCUCUGGAAAUCUAAAGAGCAAAAUCGUUAAUUCAACUGCAACUAUUUCGACCAUUGUUGAUAUUCUGAGCAUUGUUGCAAAUAUUUCAAAGAAUAUCAGCCAGUCUGAGAUAAAGGUAUGUUGAAUACAAACAAAACAAGCACAGAUAGUGCAAGAGAUUAACAGAAAAAGUGAACGAAACUAAAGUAUAUAAAAGUUCACUUGGUUUCAUAUACAGUACCAGUCAAAAGUUUGGAUACACCUACUCAUUCAAGGGUUUUUCUUUAUUUUUACUAUUUUCUACAUUGUAGAAUAAUAGUGAAGACAUCAAAACUAUGAAAUUACACAUAUGGAAUCAUGUAGUAACCAAAAAAGGGUUAAAGAAAUCUAAAUAUAUUUUCUAUUUGAGAUUCUUCAAAGUAGCCACCAUUUGCCUAGAUGACAGCUUUGCACACUCUCGGCAUUCUCUCAACCAGCUUCACCUGGAAUGCUUUUCCACCAGUCUUGAAGGAGUUCCUACAUAUGCUGAGCACUUGUUGGCUGCUUUUCCUUCACUCUGCAGUCCAACUCAUCCCAAACCAUCUCAAUUGGGUUGAGGUCGGGUGAUUGUGGAGGCCAGAUCAUCUGAUGCAGCACUCCACCACUCUCCUUCUUGGUAAAAUAGCCCUUACACAGCCUGGAGGUGUGUUGGGUCAUUGUCCUGUUGAAAAACAAAUGAUAGUCCCACUAAGCGCAAACCAGAAAGGAUGACGUAUUUCUGCAGAAUGCUUUGGUAGCCAUGCUGGUUAAGUGUACCAGCAAAGAACCCCCACACCAUCACACCUCCUCCUCCAUGCUUCACGGUGGGAACCACACAUGCGGAGAUCAUCCGUUCAGCUACUCUGCGUCUCACAAAGACACAGUGGUUGGAACCAAAAAUCUCAAAUUUGGACUCAUCAGACGAUGGGACAGAUUUCCACCAGUAUAAUGUCCAUUGUUCGUGUUUCUUGGCCCAACCAAGUCUCUUCUUCUUAUUGGUGUCCUUUAGUAGUGGUUUCUUUGCAGCAAUUCGACCAUGAAGGCCUGAUUCACGCAGUCUCCUCUGAACAGUUGAUGUUGAGAUGUGUCUGUUACUUGAACUCUGUGAAGCAUUUAUUUGGGCUGCAAUUUCUGAGGCUGGUAACUCUAAUGAACUUAUCCUCUGCAGCAGAGGUAACUCAUGAGAGCCAGUUUCAUCAUAGCGCUUGAUGGUUUUUGCGACUGCACUUGAAGAAAAGUUCUUGAAAUGUUCCGUAUUGACUGACCUUCAUGUCUUAAAGUAAUGAUGGACUGUCGUUUCUCUUUGCUUAUUUGAGCUGUUCUUGCCAUAGUAUGGCCUUGGUCUUUUACCAAAUAGGGCUAUCGUCUGUAUACCACCCCUUGUCACAACACAACUGAUUGGCUCAAACGUAUUAAGAAGGAAAGAAAUUCCACAAAUUAACUUUUAACAAGGCACACCUGUUCAUUGAAAUGCAUUCCAGGUGACUACCUCAUGAAGCUGGUUGAGAGAAUGCCAAGAGUGUGCAAAGCUGUCAUCAAGGCAAAGAGUGGCUACUUUGAAGAAUCUCAAAUAUAAAAUAUAUUUUGAUUUGUUUAACACUUUUUUUGGUUACUACGUGAUUCCAUAUGUGUUUUUUUCAUAGUUUUGAUGUCUUCACUAUUAUUCUAAAAUGUAGAAAAUAGUUUUUAAAAACUUUUGUCCAAACUUUUGACUGGUAUUGUACUUUGAAUGCAUGAAUUUCGGGAAAUAAGUCUGUGCUUUAAAUAAACUAAAACUAAUGAAAUACACUGAAGUUAAAUAAUAGUGGUGAGAUAAGCAUAAGUACAUGUUUUGCUUUUAGAAACAAACAAGCUAAAUUAUUAACAUUAAGUUUGGACCUAACUCAGAUUUCUUAUUGACUCCCCAGAACAUUCUAGAAACAGUGAAUGUCCUAGUUUCUGAUGAAGCAAAAGAAUCCUGGACCGUUCUCAAUGCCGACCAAAAUAAAAACACCAGCUCUAGUUUACUGGGCUCCAUGGAAUUGUUUGCAGGUUCUCUCCCAACAAAGUCAUUUAAUGUAACAACAGAGCUAAUUCAGUUAAACCAAGCCACAUUUGACAACUCAUUCAGUGCAGACUUAAAUUCAAGUGUGUUAAUAGAGAUUCCAGAGACUAAUUCCAAUCACCUCACCAUCACCACUCUAACGUUCUCCUCCCUCAAUAAUGUGUUACCUGCCAGGAAUGGCAGCAAUCAAAGUGUCAACGACAACAUCAUCAAUGGAUUUGUAGUGCUGGCGAAGUUGAAUGGAACGACUAACAAUGUCUCAUUGAGCUUCGAUAAGGUGAACAAGUCGCUCACAUUCAAUCCUCAGUGUGUUUUCUGGAACUUCAGCCUUUUUAACAGCCUUGGGGGAUGGGAUGAUAAAGGAUGUAAACUGCAGUCUAAUGAGAAUGGCACUGUCACCUGUCACUGUAACCAUCUGACCUCCUUCUCCAUUUUGAUGUCAACGUCCAUUCCGAAAGAGAUUCAAGACGCUUUGGAUAUAAUCACUUAUGUUGGAGUUGGCAUAUCGAUGGGUAGCUUAGUCAUGUGUCUCAUCAUUGAGGCUUGUGUAUGGAAGGCCAUGACCAGAAACAACACCUCUUACAUGCGCCAUGUCUCCAUAGUGAACAUCGCUGUGUCUCUCCUGAUUGCUGACAUUUGGUUCAUCAUUGGUGCAUCAAUAGUAAAAAAUGACCUUGAAAACCCAGGCGAGGACACCACAACACCUAUACCAGCAUGUACUGCAGCAACGUUUUUCAUUCACUUUUUCUACCUUGCUCUAUUCUUUUGGAUGCUGAUCUCGGGCCUUCUUCUUUUCUACCGGACCAUCAUGGUUUUCUCCCAUAUGUCAAAAUCAACUAUGCUGGCUAUUGGCUUCUCAGUGGGCUAUGGGGCACCUUUUAUCAUUGCUGUUGUUACUGUGGCAGCAACAGCUCCAAGUGAUGGAUACAUCAAGGAAAACCAGGCAUGUUGGCUCAACUGGGACAAGACAAUGGCUCUCCUUGCUUUUGUGAUCCCUGCCCUGACCAUAGUGGUCAUCAACUUUUUGAUCCUGAUUGUGGUUCUGUACAAAAUGCUGAGGAGAGGUGUGGGGGAUGCUAGCCAGCCAAAUGAGAGAAAUGCUGUUGUGGUCAUCGCCAGGUGUCUGGCCAUUCUGACUCCAUUCUUUGGCCUUACCUGGGGACUGGGAGUAGGAACCAUGGUUGAUCCAACAAAUAAGGGAAUCCAUAUUGUGUUUGCCCUCUUCAAUUCACUACAGGUAACUGCAUACAUUGGUGCAUUAUUUUCCAUAAUAAUAAUAAAUAAAUAAAUAGUGUCAUACACUGAAAUCCUUAUUUCAUUUUUUGUUCUAACUGAAAGCUGUAAGUAAUGAGUUCUGAUGUAAAAUGUCAACAUGUUUACAAUUAUAUUAGUUUUCAUGAUGUCGAACAACAUUAGCAACAUUGUAUUAUGUACAUUAAUCUUUAAUCUUUCUUAAAAGGGUUUCUUUGUUUUGGUGUUUGGAACACUUUUAGACGGCAAGGUAUGUGAUACAAUUUUUGUUUAUUCCCUCUUCGUAUGCAAGAGUGUUGGGAUUUUUAAAUAAAUUGUCCUGUGGUUUCAGAUCCGGUCAGCUAUAGCAGGAAGUUUCUCUUCCAUCAUCCCAGGCUCUGACCGUACGAGGGUAAGUACAUCUCUUCACACCGUUUCUUCUAUAUUUAACUAAAAUGUUUAAUGUUACGUACAUGUGUACUAUGUGCACUGAUGAUCCUAUUAAUUAGACAUGUUUGCAAUUUCAGAAUUCUCAAGUUAAACCAUGAGUUUAAUGGGUUGCUUUUGGCCUUCCUCAUAGGCUUGAUUCUCUCUGAUAAGACUUACUACUGUAUCAGCUAAUAUUGAUUGCCCAAUAAGUGUACAGUGGGGGAAAAAAGUAUUUAGUCAGCCACCAAUUGUGCAAGUUCUCCCACUUAAAAAGAUUAGAUAGGCCUGUAAUAUUCAUCAUAGGUACACGUCAACUAUGACAGACAAAUUGAGGAAAAAAAAUCCAGAAAAUCACAUUGUAGGAUUUUUUAUUAAUUUAUUUGCAAAUUAUGGUGGAAAAUAAGUAUUUGGUCACCUACAAACAAGCAAGAUUUCUGGCUCUCACAGACCUGUAACUUCUUCUUUAAGAGGCUCCUCUGUCCUCCACUCGUUACCUGUAUUAAAGGCACCUGUUUGAACUUGUUAUCAGUAUAAAAGACACCUGUCCACAACCUCAAACAGUCACACUCCAAACUCCACUAUGGCCAAGACCAAAGAGCUCUCAAAGGACACCAGAAACAAAAUUGUAGACCUGCACCAGGCUGGGAAGACUGAAUCUGCAAUAGGUAAGCAGCUUGGUUUGAAGAUAUCAACUGUGGGAGCAAUUAUUAGGAAAUGGAAGACAUACAAGACCACUGAUAAUCUCCCUCAAUCUGGGGCUCCACGCAAGAUCUCACCCCGUGGGGUCAAAAUGAUCACAAGAACGGUGAGCAAAAAUCCCAGAACCACACGGGGGGACCUAGUGAAUGACCUGCAGAGAGCUGGGACCAAAGUAACAAAGCCUACCAUCAGUAACACACUACGCCGCCAGGGACUCAAAUCCUGCAGUGCCAGACGUGUCCCCCUGCUUAAGGUAGUACAUGUCCAGGCCCGUCUGAAGUUUGCUAGAGUGCAUUUGGAUGAUCCAGAAGAGGAUUGGGAGAAUGUCAUAUGGUCAGAUGAAACCAAAAUAGAACUUUUUGGUAAAAACUCAACUCGUCGUGUUUGGAGGACAAAGAAUGCUGAGUUGCAUCCAAAGAACACCAUACCUACUGUGAAGCAUGGGGGUGGAAACAUCAUACUUUGGGGAUGUUUUUCUGCAAAGGGACCAGGACGACUGAUCCGUGUAAAGGAAAGAAUGAAUGGGGCCAUGUAUCGUGAGAUUUUGAGUGAAAACCUCCUUCCAUCAGCAAGGGCAUUGAAGAUGAAACGUGGCUGGGUCUUUCAGCAUGACAAUGAUCCCAAACACACCGCCCGGGCAACGAAGGAGUGGCUUCGUAAGAAGCAUUUCAAGGUCCUGGAGUGGCCUAGCCAGUCUCCAGAUCUCAACCCCAUAGAAAAUCUUUGGAGGGAGUUGAAAGUCCGUGUUGCCCAGCGACAGCCCCAAAACAUCACUGCUCUAGAGGAGAUCUGCAUGGAGGAAUAGGCCAAAAUACCAGCAAUAGUGUGUGAAAACCUUGUGAAGACUUACAGAAAACGUUUGACCUGUGUCAUUGCCAACAAAGGGUAUAUAACAAAGUAUUGAGAAACUUUUGUUAUUGACCAAAUACUUAUUUUCCACCAUAAUUUGCAAAUAAAUUCAUUACAAAUCCUACAAUGUGAUUUUCUGGAGACAAAAAUUCUCAUUUUGUCUGUCAUAGUUGACGUGUACCUAUGAUGAAAAUUACAGGCCUCUCAGAUCUUUUUAAGUGGGAGAACUUGCACAAUUGGUGGCUGACUAAAUACUUUUUUCCCCCACUGUAUAUCAUUUUUUUCCAUUCCAGAGUACCAAUGGUGGUGCGGCAACAUCAUCAACCAGUGCAUUAAACUUCUUCCGAAGAAGAAUAAGGAGGAGUAAGCUCAUCAUUUGUUAUGUAGUUAAGAACAAAGUUACUAUGAAUUUUGAAAUGAUCACAGUUCUUUAAAUAUUUGUUUUGUUGAAAAAUCACCCUGCCUUUCUGUAUAUAACAAACCAACUGUUUGACCUCUCUUGCUUUGUCAGAUGCCUACAAUGUUUCGGAAGCUGUAAAUUCUUCCAGCAGCACUGGUGCUACAGAGUCAUUCAUCAACACCUAACUCAAUGCAACCAACCAUCUAGAGACAGCAGUAGGGGUUGAUGUAUUGAGCAGGGCACUGCAACUGUUUGUCAUCUUGUCUACAAACAGAAUGUUUCACUCUGAAAUAUGACUUAAGACAUAUCAAAGGUAGUACAAGCUGUUCUUCCGCUUGACAAGAAGUGUAGCCUUUGACCUGGACCUGCCAUAAAACAUGUCUUGGUCCAGCACACAAUUCAUCUAUUGAUGUGAAGAUGUUGGACUUUUCUGGAAUAAUGCUGUGAGUUCUAUAGGGGUUUUGUUUGAGAGACUUGCCUCUUUUUUGUUGUACAUGUUUAGGAGUCUAGACACUACUGUGAAUGAUGGACCAGUUUGAACCAAGUUCUGAACAAGACAUAGCACUUUAAAUGAUGUAUGGUAUUGAAGGACUUUUCUUUUUUGUUAUUCAGGUUUCCAAAGGAAGCAAUAUCCAAAUAUAAUAGAUGAUCAGAUAAUUACAGGAACUUAUGAAAGUAAAUUAGCUGCAUCGGUGCAGACAAGUGUUAACUGUAUGACAGAGAAUUCGCCUUUUUUUAAAUACAUUUUUACUUAAUUAUGUUAUGGAUUUCCAUGUUGUUGCCAUUACCACUUAUGUGUGUUGUAUUAAAAUGCAUUAUAUGGCUGCUAUUGUCUUUUCUUAUGUGGAGUAAAUGUAAUGGAAUAUUUUAAAUGUGUAUCAUUUAUUGUUGAAGAGGCUUCUACAGUAGAUCAUGUUGGAUACACAAGUAGUAAACAAAGAGUUUUGUCUCGUUGCACCUGUCUCACAGACAGUGUUGCUGCAACUCAAUAGCCAAAGUCUUGGUUCAACCAUCUACCCAAUAAAGAUGCCAUGUUUGCCAUA